GGUGCAACGUUGAUAAAAUUUCCCCGUAUCAUCAAAACACAGCUGUGUGUGCUAACUUUUUAUUCAUCCGCCUUAAAUUUGCGUUAACUUUUCUGGAAAACAUGAAGAAAGACUCACUGAGAGACCAUUUAGAUGGCAACGAGCUGGACUUGAGCCUGAGUGACCUUACUAAAGUACCUGUUAAGGACUUGGCAGCAUUACCGAAGGCAACAUGUUUGGACCUCUCAUGCAACCAGCUUACAAGUCUCCCAGACAAUUUUUCUACGCUGACUCGCAUAGUGAAGCUUGACCUGAGUAAAAAUCACCUGACUUCCCUCCCUGAGAACUUUGGUGACUUUCGCAACCUUCAGCGCCUCGAUCUUCUUGGUAACCAGUUAGAGCAUCUCCCAGUCAGCUUUGCCAAUCUUCGGAAUCUGAAAUGGCUGGACCUUAAGGAUAAUGAGAAUCUCGACAGCGGACUUAAGAAGAUUGCUGGGGACUGCUUAGAUGAUAAACAGUGCAAAGAAUGUGCCAAAAGGGUGGUGGCUUAUAUGAGUGCCAUACAGAGAGACAUUGAACUCCAGAAACAGAAGAAAGUUGAAAAAGAUAAAAAGAGAGCUGCAGCCAAACAAGCAGACCGAGAGAAGAAGUUAGAAGCUCUGAGGAAAGAGAAACAACUCCAGAAACAACUUGAGAGACAACAGAAGACGGAAGAGUACGAGGCAGCCAUGGCGGCCAGUAAGAGGAGGGAAGAGAAGAAAGAAAGGAAGAUGGCAAAGGCUUCCCAACAAAAGGCCAAUGGUGUGCAACACAAACCAGCUCAAACUAAAUCAGGAUCUUCUUGCCUUGUGGUCCUUCUCACUCUGUUUAUCACCCUCAUUGCCGUCUGUCUCGGAGUCUACUUCUACUGCGAGAGUGACAAGUCCAACCAGCAUUGCAUUGACAUUCACAGGGGGUUAAGAGAAGCUGUCGGCACAGCCACUGAAUGGACGCAACAGUUAAGAGCAAGAAUCACAAGUUAAGACUUCAUUUCUCGUUUUAAAACAUCUCUGCAAUUUGACACCAAUUGUCACAACAAUCAGGGUUAAAUCGGACAAUUAAGUGGGUGUAACUUUAUUCAGGUUCUUGCUGCAAAUUUACAAAAUAUCUGCUCUUCAUCAAAAGGCAAAGUUGAAUUUGAUUUCAAUUUUGCAUCACCUGACUUUUUGAAAAUAUUGAAAGUGUGUCCUUUUCUUUUAGCCGAGGAAGUUAUCAAAUUUCAUUUGAUACUCUGAACCAUAAUAAGCAGCCAAUUACAAACUAUUGCAUGUAACAAUUUUGUUCAGAAAUGUUUACGCUUAUUCGUUUCGAGUAAGCAUCAUCUUUAAAAUUGUUGUUUUUCUUUUCGUGAAAAAAAUGAGGGGGAAGCAACUUCGAAGCACCAACAAAUUACUUGGCAAAAUCGAAUGGUGAGGGUUUACUCUCCCACAUCUAAAACUUUAACUUCCGUCCUUGUCUUCUCUCAGUGGGGUUCUUGGCUAAGUUUAUUUUCCUGGUCUUCACAACCAGACUUAAUAGCAUGAAAUGAAAAGAAUUAUAAAAAAAACAGUAAAAAUAAGAUACAGAUUUGUUUACUGAGGAUUGAUUGCCUCAAGCACAUGAUCUCAAAUUCCUUUUAAAGGAAAGAUGAUGCUUCUCAAAUUGAUGUAUUUAAAGGAAAGAUUUUCUGUUCAACUCCGCUGCUGUGCAUUGCUUCAAGUAAUUUUCUUCAGUUCAGGUUGUUAACAUUGACUAGCUUUUCUUGUGAAGGAACAUUUUUUUUCUUGAUUUUUUUUUUCUCAGGAGCAAAGUAAUUUCUCACUUUUCAUAAUUUGGUUAUUAAUUCUUGUUAAAUUUGGGUAAAAUUAACUGCAUUAAAUUGAUAACAAUUUCAUGUACAAAAACCAAAAAUUUCAUUUCAUUUCCCCAACUGGCAAUGAUUUACUGCAGCCAUAAACUGCCCAAAGAAUUACUGUUAAAAACAAAAUAGAUUUGUCUCUUCCCUACCACCAAAAUUGUCUCUUCCAAUUGGUACAUAAUAUCAAGGAUUUGUAGUCGGACUUAAAGGCAGUAUAUUAUUGACAGAAAUGUCCGUAUCCUGCCACCAGGAUUUUGUUUGUAAGAAAUUAAAUU